AUGUCCGGCUACGGUACCUCGAGGCUUAGCAGAAAGAUAGCCCUCAGCGUCUUUUUCCUCGUCGAAGCCGCCGCCUUCACCCUUGCCCUGCUCGCCCUCCUCAGCCCCACCUGGCAAUACGUGUAUUUGGAGAACGGUCACGCUGAGCAUCACCACGGGCUGUGGCUGGACUGCGUCCGGUUCUAUACCUUCGUCUACGGCGACAAGGGCGAGAACGUGCAGAGCAACUGGAAGCGCGAGCUGGAGAACACGCCGUUCGCGCUGUUCAACCUGCCGGAGCUGAGCUGCGUCUACAAGUUUGACUACUACAUCGACCAGGAGGAUCUAUACGACCACAACCACGACGAGAAUCGCAUCGAGAAUGACGCCUGGCAGCACCUGUUUUUGGGCAAGAAUUUAACUUCUUCCUUGACAAUACUGUUUUCAGGCCACAAGAUAGCGACUUUAUGCGCAGUCGGCGUCGCCUGGGCCUUCUCAUUUGCCUCUCUUCUGGUCGGCAUCUGUUCGUUCUGCCAUCGCACGUUCAUCUGCGCCUCGACGGUGCUGAUCACGAUGGCUGCCUUCUUCUCGUCGGUGGGCACCACGGUGUUCUACAUCUGGGCCAACUACCAGGAGAACAAGGUGUUUAAGGAGGAGGAUAUGGAAGACUACGAGCAAGAAUUCGGGUGGGCGUUCCACUUCCAGUUCAUCGCCUCCCUGCUGCACUUCAUCGCGUCGUUCCUCGGCUGCUUCGCCACGUCGUUGGCCUUCAGGAAGGGCCGGGCCAAGCUCGUCAAGAUUGAGGUGGUUGAGGGAGAAGAGGAGUCCCCGCUUGCCUCAAAUACCCAUCUCUCCACGACGACACAACCCUUUAAACGAUCGUUUUCGGCGAUUUAUCGGGUCGAUUCCGAGGCGUUGCGGAACUGGGAGCGCGAUUAUAUGAAGAACCACAAAUCCGAGACCACAAACUUCAAGCGCACGGCGUCGGUGCCGAACUUGACGAAAAAGCAGCGGAAGGCGAUGCAGAAGGCGCAGCGUGAGGCGGCGCGAUCGCAAGACCUCAUCUUCACGUCGACGAGCAAUAUUUUGUCGGAAAGGACCGAGACGACAGGGGCCAGCAAUACCCUGGAGAGUCGAAGGGAUUUACGACAAUCUCCGCAAUUCCCCACGGCCAUGACGCCGAAGUCCAUCAUGAAGAAGUCGACGCAAUCGUUGGCGAUAACGAGCCAACGGGUCGAGCCCACGUAUGAAUAUCUGCCGGGCCCCGCCCCCUCAUCCAUCGCCCUGUCCACGUUCAAGCCGCAGGGAGACUCGCCAGCGUCAAGUGUACGGUAUGACUCGGUGUACGAGACGCUACCCGGUGACAACUACGAGGAGCCAAACUCAACGCUCAAAAAGCGCCUCAGCAAUUCGACGAUCGGCGAUGAUCCGGUUAGGAGAGUCGAUUCCGACGCCCAGGACCACCGUAAUCGA